AUCACCACCACCAGAGAGAGCACAAGUAUCAUACUCUUGUUACUGAGCAACGCAAAUUCAAUUACACAGAAACAGUAGCGACUUUGAUAUGCCGUUAUAAUACGUACUGAUACAGGUUAACUACUAAAACUGAGAUGACUGACGUCAGAGAGCAGCUACUUUCCAUUGAGCAGAAGUAUAAACUUUUCAAACAACAGCAGUUUAUAUUUAUAACGGCUCUUGAGCGCUCGAGGGAGCACGCCAGGGACAAAACUGAGCCCGUCUCCACCGUGACACAGGUCCAAAGGUACAUGAAUCACCACUGCAGCAAUUCCACAGACAGACGCAUCUUCUUGCUCUUUUUGGAAAUUAUUUCUGAUCUUGAAGGUAUUUUAAAACAUCUGGAGUCCUCACUGUCAAGCAAAAACACUUCUAGUGAGGGCCUGAACACUUGCAGGGAAAUCCUGAAUCUCAACAGCAACAUCAGUCAGCUAAGAGCACACUACCCACACAAUGAGAUCAACCGGCUUAGCUGUGAUGAAGCAAGAAAUUUCUAUGGUGGGAUUGUGAGUGUGAUUCCACUGUCUCUAGACCUCCUCAACAACUACAGCAGAGGAGGUGCUCAACGUGUCACUCCAACAGCUACAGAAACAUCUCAACAAACAGUUGCAAAAAAUGCAGAGAUGGUUGAAGGCCUUGAUAAAGACACCAGUAACAAACUGAGUAGAUAUAAAAAAGGUGCAGGGGGCUGGCAUGCUGGAAAACCAGCCUGGAAGCCACCAGGAAAUACAAGGAGAUGAAACACUUCUUCAAAACUCAUGCAUGCAUUGCAGUGAGCUGUCACACUACGUAUUAUUAAAUAUACAAUUACCAUUUUAAAAUCGAUGACUAUGACAAAAAUAUGCAAAACAUAUAUUUUAUUUUAUUUUUGUUGAUCAUAGCAAGUAGGACAACACAAAUCUGUUUUCUCAAAUUCAAAAUAGACUCUGGUUACCUGUUACACUCAUCACCGUCUGGUUGUACCAUAGUUCAGAUAACUUUCAACAAAUGACUUAAAGGGAUACUCCACCCCAAAAUGAAAAUGUGUCAUUAAUCACUUACCCCCAUGUCGUUCCAAACCCGUAAAAGCUUCGUUCGUCUUCGGAACACAAUUUAAGAUAUUUUGGAUGAA